UAGACCGGGGUUAGGAAAUGUGUCUGCACACAGCUUUACUGCAUCUCAGUCAUCAACCACAUGCCGUCCUCUUCUCUGAUUCCUCCAGUUCUUCCUCCACUUCCAGAGGCAACACAACGAAGUGACUGGAGCCCAGAAGAGUCCGCAUGCUUCAGGUCACACGGUCCACCUCUGAGGUCUGUCCUCCCGAGGGGACAUGCCUGCGUGUGUUCCUUCCUCCUCCUCCUCAGACUGGAAGAGGGAGCAGCUGGGCUCCAUGUGCCAGGUGCCAGCACACAGCUGUUGCCGCACUGUACCCCUCCACACCCAAGUGAGCUGAGCUGGGUGGAGGCUGAGGGGGUGGGGCUACCUUGUGCUCUCCAGUGAUGCCGCAUCCACAGCCACAGCAGGCAAAGGCGUCCUGAAAUCGACUCGGAGCAGCAGUUCUGACUGGUCCAGGCUCUGCCAUGCCCGCUCCGCUUCUGCCGAUGCUGCUCCGAUCGCUGCUGUCCCGCCUGUUGCUGCCCAUUGCCCGCCUGGCCCGCCAGCACCUCCUGCCGCUGCUGCGCCGACUGGCCCGUCGACUGAGCUCCCAAGACAUGAGAGAGGCUUUGCUGGGCUGUCUGCUGUUUGUCCUCAGCCAGCAACAGCCACCGGAUGCUAGAGAGACCUCCAGAGUGGACCACUCCCAGAGGAAGGAGAGAUUGGGCCCCCAGAAGUGAGGCCGUGGGUCGUGGAAGCAGCAAUGUCCAUCAAAGUACUUUCUUGUGAGGUGGGCUAGUCCAGGCAUCUGCACUGACCGCAGAAGGCCUGGUGGGAGAAGACCGACCGAUCGGAAAGCUCCCACUUCCCUAGGAUCCAGCAGACCACAGAUACGGUGUUCUUUCCUCCUCUCCGAAGCUCCGCCAAUGACCUCUGGCCUCCAGGGUAGAGCUGCAAAUGAGGGCUUCAAGGUCAGUUAAGAGACAAGGUUAAACUGAGACAAAAGACAACUGAGCUAAGAGGGGUAUUUAAAUCCAAACUGUCCAGUCUUCCAGACUUAAAAUUUACCUUAAAAUAAUAGGACCUUGGCUCCCUUCUGAGACAGACUAUUCUCAAAGCUCAGCGUGCA